AUGAUGAAUCACAUAAAAAUUCGAGCUAAUUUAAAUUUAUCUAACGCUUGUACAAGCGACAAUUUAAACAUUAAAACACAAUCAAUUGAUUCCAUUGAACAUUUAUCCUACUGUUCACCGGUGGAAGAGAAGACUUCACACAGAAACCCUCCAACAGUAAGCGAAGAAGAAGACAACGUUAAAAUAAAAACAAAACAGAAGAAUUCCCUACAGUCACCUACAUUCUUUCUAAAGUCAAUAAAACAUUAUUGGAAGUCUAUUGUCAGUAAAAAUAUAAAAAAUUAUAAUUGUGAUUGUAGUACAAAGGAGAAUUUAGAUCACCUGUCAGGGAGUUCACAUUUUCACUGUAAUACUGCAAAUUCAAAUGAAAAAGAGCUUGACGAGAAGAAACUGAAUGCAUCAGAUAGUCAAACAGGUAGUUCUACAAUAGAAGUGGUAAAAUUUAGUCAACCACUUGAAACAACGACAAUAUUAUCACAAACACCUGGUACAAACAUCAAUGCAGAUUUUGCAACUGAUGAUAUCUAUAUUACAAAUUACAAGUCGAAACAUUUUCGUGGCCUGUUGUUUGAACGAAGUGCAGGUUUAUUUCCAUGGGAUUGUACACAAAUUGAAGCACGUGCCUAUUUAAUGUCUGCCUUUCCUGGUACACGAUUAGCACAAUGGUUGAAGGAAUGGAAACAUCCAAGUCACUAUCCAACAUUAAUUGCUAUUGGACGAACUGCUGAAGGGGAUAUCGUCUGUAGUCGUCUGCAUGCUUCAACUGCUUCACUUGACAAUGCAUUAUACUGGUUGAAUAAUGUAACCUUAGCACAUUUCAAUAAUUAUCGACAAUUUACAAAGCCUAAUUGUCCAGAGAAAACUGAGAAAUUCCUACUCACCUCAACAGUAUCCCCUCCACCAGCAACAGGAGCAUCAACAUCAUUAUUAUUUCAAGCGAAUGAAACCUGCCUACUUAAUUCAACUAUUCAUCUGACUAUACCACCAACAAACGGGAAUGAUGAUGAAACGGUACAAUGUAAAGUUUAUCCUAAAAUACCUAAAAGUAGUCAACAACCGCCUGAGUUGAAUCAUAGUCCCGCCAUGGAUGAACGUUUCAACCAAAUCGAUGGUACACGUGUUACACGGAAUAUUAAUAGUAGGCAAUUAAAACCAGCAUUAAUUCAAGAUGAUUUCAAAUAUCGUAUUAUAAAAUCACCAAAAGUUGAUGAAGAAGCAUUAUCAUCACUUUUCGAACUUCCUCAAGAAGAUGAACCUCUUGAACUACCUCGUGAAAGGAAUAAAAUCAUUCAAAAAAGCUUUAAAAGCAUCACUGAAAAGAUGAAUAAACCUGAGAAAUACGAUGCCUUACUUAAAACUAAUCGUACAAUGAUCAUCAGACCGAAACUGUCAAAACAGCUACCACGUUAUCAAAAGUCACAUUUUAAUACUAAUAAAUAUCAUAUCUACAAGACAAACGAUCCAUAUAUUAACAAUUUACAACUGAUGAAAACAAGAGAAACUAUCUCAAAAGAUGGAUACGACAGACGAUUACACCGACUUCAUCGUCAUGAUGAUAAUGAUGAUGACGAUGAUAUUGAGUCUGAGGAUAGCUGUGAUAAUGAAGACGAGAAUAUAAGUGCUUUUGUUAAUGUUAAUAUGAAUGAGAAUGAUCAAUCUUCACUGACAGACAGUGGUGCUAAACAAACGAGUAGCAGUCAACUGGACUAUUUGAAAAGUUGUCUUAUCAAAGGAUCAAAUUCCAUUCAAGAAUUAUUUAAACUUUCUGAUAUAUUUGAAUAUAGCAAUAAUGGUGGAGAGGUGAAUGACCAAAGUGUCAAUCAAAAUGAUGCCUAUUAUCACACAGUCGACUUUUUACAAGUAUUUAAUCAACAGUAUGUUUUAGAUCUUCCGUGUAAUCCAUCCUUUUUGAUUGGUCGUUUAUCAACUGCAGUUAUACGUAGUUUUGAUUUGAAUAAAUUCAAGCAAAUUCGACCAUUACUUAUCUAUCUACACGAUAGUCAAGCAGAUGGUGCUAUGCACUUCGUUUCAAAUGUGCUAUGCUCAAAACGUUUUACAGGCAGACUUUAUGAAAAUAAUCUAUUGAUAUGGCCAUUAGAUAUGACAAAUAUGACAAAGUCAAGUAAUUAUUAUAUGAAGAAUAUCAUUCAACAAUAUGAAAAACAGAAAAGACAAUCUCACUCUUCGUCAUCUUACCAUCAUCGUCCUCCUCAACCUCCGCCUCCUCCGCAUAGCUCACUUCAAAGGCGAAAUCCACAUGAUAUACUGACAUCAUCAUCAGAGGUGAGACAAUCAAAGUCAGAUAUGGCAUCAAGAUUUCAAGCAACUAAUAAACAUCAUCACCUUCAACAACAACGCCAACAACAACCGUAUUAUCAUCAUCCGGAUGGACAUACACAACGGGAUGACGAUCGCUCACGCAAGUCGUCUACAACUUCACGUACAGAAUUUUAUACUGGAGAGUAUGAAUCUUCGCUAGAUAAUGAAAACAACUUUUACAAGUGUACUACACAAAAUAACAAUAGAAAUCAAUUUGCGAAGAAUAAAGGAUCAAUAAAUGCUCAAAGGUUAUUUAGCUGUUUUGAGAAACAUCCAGCUGGUGAAACAUUUAAACAGAUUGUAAAGAUAUCUGCAUUACCUGUACUUGUCAACUUAAAAUGGCAUAAUGAAUAUUUCUUGGUAUCACAUUUAUUAUUGCCAUCUUCAACAACUAAAGAAAGUCUAAACUGGAUUGGAUCAGUUUUAAAGCUGUAUGCAAACGAGGUUUCUCUGUGUUAAAUAAAAAACAAAAUAUAUAUCAGAACUCAACGUUCAAAAUCGUGGCUUAUAUAUAUAUACAUACAUACAAUUCAAACAAAGCGGAAAAAUACUUCCUUCGACCUUGUAAAUUCUUAAUGAGUUAAAAUUCAAACAGAUUUUUACAAAUUAUUUGUUUCUGAUUUGAAAUUUACUUUGCCUUACAAAUAUUAUCUAUCCAACUUCUAUUAUUAACCCAUCAAGAGAGUUAUUUAUGCAAAUUCAAUGUUCAAUUUAGAAAAUCCUAUAUUUUCCUUAGCGACAAAGUAUUAUUAUCACUAUUGGUUACACUCUAUCAAAUUCGUUUAAUUUAAAAGAGUGAAUUUAUAUAACUUGUCAGUAUUGAUUUAUCACC